ACUUAUAAGGGAGUUUAAUAAUCCAAUAGAAAAUUGGAAAGAAAUAUCCAGGAAUGCUGUCUUAGAGGCAAUUAUCCUUGGUGGGGCCCACAUGUACCAUACUCAAAUUUGUCAUCUUCAACAAAGAUAAGCACUCAAGCCAUGCAUAUGCUGAUGGCCUAUGAGUUUCAUCAGGACACAUCCAUGGUGGCAUGCUCUUUCAAUUCCCAAUUGAAAUUCCCCCAAAGCCACCUUUUUUUUAUUCAAUAAAUCAACACCCAAUUUUCAAAAUUCCAACUUGUAAAUUGUAAUCAAUUUUCUUUCCAUUUGUCAAACCAUACCAAUCAACCAACCUCGUUGCUUCUUGUGAUCACUCUUUGAACCACCCUCAUGGAUAUUGAUGAGUGGGAGUUUCUCUCUGAUGAUGGCUACCUUGAUUUCAAUGAAGAGGGUGGGAAGCAAAAGCAAAAGCAAAGUUCCUUUGGAAAAUUGGACUCAAAGGGUGUCUUUGACAUGGACUACUUUUGCUCAUCACCACCACCAAGGGUGAGAACUCAACUAGUCCCUUUGCCAAUUCAAUUGGAGCCAAGAAUUGGGAAGGCCCCAGAAGAUGUUUUGGUGAAAGACAUCAUCAAGAGUAGUCCUAUGGAAGUGGCUGUUAUGGCCCCAUCAGAGAAAACCAAGGAGUUUGAGGCUGUGGAAGCUGAUAGAGUGAAGGUUUUCUUCAAGAUCAAGGAGAAAAGUGAGUUUGUGGACAUGAAAAGGGGGAUCUUGCCUCCAAUGGAUGCCGGUGCCUUGAAAUUUGAGGACAAAGGUGAGGCCAUGGAGAUCAUCACCUCUCCCAGAAGGAAGGUUAUUGAGAAGGAUGUGUGUGACAAAGAAGAGGAGACCACUUGGGAGGAAGAGAACAACAGUGGUUUCAACUUGUGGAAGUGGAGUUUGACAGGUGUUGGAGCUAUCUGUUCUUUUGGUGUUGCUGCUGCUACUAUUUGUGUUCUCUUCUUUGGAAGCCAGCAGAGGAACAAACUAAAGAAGGAUCAGAAAAUUCGGUUCCAGAUCUAUACUGAUGACAAGAGGAUUAAGCAAGUGGUGCAGCAUGCGACCAAAUUGAAUGAUGCAAUUUCUGCAGCAAGAGGUGUUCCUAUGAGCAGAGCUCACAUAAGCGUUGGUGGUUACUAUGAUGGUCUUUGAAAGCAUUUGAUUAGGUGCCUUCAUGAAGCAAUUGGAGUCUACAAUGGAUCAACCAUGCCAUAAGAUCUAUUAAUCUGGCCAUAUCCUAUAUUGCUGUAAAUAACAUGAUGCCAGAUGUUACCUUAUUGUUGAUGUUUGUUCUGUAUAUUUUCUCUGGUCUUGUAAAUUAAGUCACAGAUUAGCGGCACUUUCAUUAUUAUUAUUAUUAUUUGAUUAAUAUUUUGGAAUUUAUGUAUCAGGAUGUUUCUAGCUUUA